GAACUCCCGAUUCGGCACUCCCCCACCCGCACCCAACUGCAUUCCACUCGCACGGGCCUCUCGCCUCCGUCGUCGCCACGCCACGCCGCGGCGCGGCACCCGCGCGCAGCAUGGACGCCGCCGCCUCCGCGACGCGCCUCCUCCCCCGGACCCUCGGUCCCGCCCCGGCCGCCUCCCCCUCGAAGGCAGAUGAGGCGCUCCUCCACGCCCUCUUCCGACCGCUGAAAGGAUCCAGGGAGCUAGUGGUGCAGGCUAGAAUGGUGAUGAAGGAGCAUGGUGACAUCCGGACGCUCUAUCAGGAUGGGGGAGCCAAAGCCGUGGCCGCAGCAAACGGCAAAAACAACCAACAGGGAAGAAGGCCAGCACUGGACCGCAAACGGCCUCGGUUCACUAUCAAGGCCCCUGCAAGCAAACUGGUGCCCGAGGUGGAUCGUUCUGUGUUAUUGAAAAUUUCAGAUCCAGACGAAUAUUUCGCGACGGCGGAUCGGCUUGAUGAAGCUGAGAAGGAGAUUAAACGGUUAAAAGGCGAGGCUCAAACUGAAAAAACAUAUAAUUUUGAGCCUGUAGUUGAAAUCAAGAGGCGUCCUGAUUUGUUGCGGAGAAAAUCAGUCCAUACUUUCAAGUUUAGUGCGAUUGCUGAUACCCGGAAUACCAUUGAGAUACCUGCUUCCCAAAAAGGAACUAUGACAGAAUCUCAGUUACCACAAGAUGAACUGCAUGCCUCAGUUUCUGAAAAAAAUGAGCAGUCUGUUCCUUCACAUGCUAUUUCAGAUGUCUCAGCGAUAGAAGAUUUAGACGCUGAGAAGGAUAGUGGUGAUGCUUUAACUCAUGUACUGACAUCGUUCCGAAAUUUGGAUGAAUCCAAAGAGGAAGAUUUUAUGCGAGAGACCUUAGGGCUUCCAGAAAUAAGAAUGGAAAAUUUUGGUCCCCGUGACUCAACACUUCCUGGAGAUAGGCCUCUAAGCAGCACUGUACGAAAAAAUUCAAUGAGGGCUCGUACUCCAGAACCUGGGAAGCAUCAUGCUCGAAUUUCAGAGUUGGAGAAACAUAUCUCUUUCAUAGUUGCAACAAAGGAUAAAUGCACAGAUAUUUCAAAAGAAGAUGAGUUGGAAGGUUCACCAGAUAUUGUGAUGGGUGAACAAUUGCUGGUGCCCGAUUCUUCUGAUGUGGUUUUGAUGAUUGAUGAGACCUUUGCUGCAAGAGAAAUAGAUGGGGAGACCCCAAGUCCGAGUGCCAAAUUAGCAGAAUAUGAUCCAGAACCAAACAUGCCGGAUCGUGUCACAGUAGAUGAAAGGCAAGCAGGAGGUUCCCCACUUGGUUUGUACCGAGACACAGAAGUUGCCAAAGAAAAGGAUCCAUGUAGCAGGCACAAUAUUUCUAUUGAGUUUGCACUGCAGGAAGAUGAUGUGCCUAUGGACUAUCCAACUAUUGAUAAGCCUAGUAAUGAAACAGAAGUUUCUUCUUCUCAUCAUUUGGCGGGCAAGUCAACGGAAGUGUUGGUCAGUACACCAGGUAGAAUUGUGGCUCUAGAUGAUAUCGCUAGGACUUCACAUGUAACUGAGGACAAUAAUCAACAUCAGGCAAUGGUCGAAGAGGAUGGUGUUGUACAAGAUAAGUCAAGUCAUGCAUCGGAGGUACCUCAGGAUGAUAUUGAUCCACAGAAUCAAUCUCAAGCGGAUGAUGGAAACAUUAAGAAACUGGCAGUUGAUUUACAAAAUGCACUGUCCCCGGCCAAAGAGAAGAAGCAAAAAACAGCUCAAAAAGGGAAAAAGAAGCAACAGUCGAAGAGGGGGGAAAAAGUGGCAGAUGAGUCCAGCCAUCCACUGGAAAUACCCCAAGCAAAUUUUGAUUCAGAGAAUCAACCUGAUAUGCGUGAUGUAAACAUUGAGCAACAGACAGUUGGUAUGAGUAAUGCACUGUCGCCAAACAAAGCUAAGGGGCCAAAGGAAGCUCAAUGGAGAAACAAGACCAAACAAUUUAAUCGAAGAAAAAGCCUCGAAGAUGCUGGCCUUGCAUGGCAGUCUGGACUGAGAAGAAGCACCAGAAUACGGUCAAGGCCGUUGGAGCAAUGGCUUGGUGAACGAUUCGUAUAUGGGCGUAUACAUGACACCAUGGCGACAGUCAUUGGCAUCAAAACGUGCUCUCCUGGUCAAGAUGGCAAGAAAACUUUGAAAGUGAAAUCUUUCGUCCCUGAACAGUAUUCAGAUCUUGUUGCCAAUUCUGCGAAGUACUGAGGUUUCUGUCGUGGACAAGUCAACGUCUUGUUGCCGUCAGAUCACCUAACGUGCGACCUGUGCAACCUGUGCCUGCCUCCUCUUUCUUUGUCAUCCGACUUUGUUCAAGUGUUCAAUUGGCGGAGCUGCAAAAUGUAAUGCAAGCAUGAUGUGAACUUGUAAAGUGAAAGAAAGACGUCCUACCGGACGGUAACCAGUAUGACUUAAAUUCGGAGGUGCUAUUUCCACUUCCACUAUUCUGUAGCUGGAGUCCGCUGUGAAAUGCACCAUUUUGCAUGUGGAGCUGAUGUGUAUUUUCCAGCUGUAAAAUUUGCAUGGUGGUCGUUGCAUUUUAA